CCAGAGGAGCAGAGGCUGAGCACGGGGGCAUGACAGGAGCGCACUUUGCUGGAGCCAGUCAUGUGAAGUCGCUGUGGUGUCGGUGCGGACGGCCGGGAGAUGAUAAGUAGCAACUUCAAUAAUAUUAGACUGGAAUCUGUAGACUGCCAGGAAGCCGCGGAGGAGGCACAGCACGAGUAAAGUCGCUCCACGUUCAUCUACUCUUUCUCCAGCCGACUCCUCGCCGCAAAAAGCCUUCUCCGACAGUAGAAAGAAUCUGUUACCACGACGGAUAGAGAUACUAGACAGCAUGGGGGAAGGGAUGGAGUUGGAGGGAUCAGUCACCACAGCAUCUUUUUUUAACACCAGCUUCUAUGGCCCUGAUGAUACUAAUGUCACCAACAUCACCUACUUCCCCUACUAUCAGCAUUCUCUGCAUGUGGCUGCCUGCUACAUCCUGGCCUACCUCUUCAUCUUUCUGCUGUGUAUGGUGGGGAACGUGCUGGUGUGUCUAAUUGUGAUGGGAAACCGGCGAAUGCACACCGUCACCAACCUCUUUAUCCUCAACCUGGCCAUUAGUGACCUGCUGGUGGGCAUCUUCUGCAUACCCACAACACUGGUGGACAACCUCAUCACAGGCUGGCCCUUUACCAACACUGUGUGCAAGAUGAGUGGCUUCGUGCAGGGUGUGUCUGUGUCUGCCUCUGUCUUCACUCUGGUGGCCAUUGCUGUUGAAAGGUUUCGCUGCAUAGUGUACCCACUACAACCCAAACUGACCAUACUUGUUGCCAAGGCAACCAUAGUGUUAAUCUGGGUGUUAGCAGUGGCGAUAAUGUGUCCUGCUGCAGUGGCAUUGACUGUGGAGAGAGUCCCUCACCACUAUAUGGUCUACAAUGCAAACGUCACAUACCCUCUGUACAUGUGCUACGAAGACUUUGCCAACCCCCAGAUGAGGAAGAUCUACACGGCUGUGCUGUUUGCCCACAUCUACCUGCUGCCCCUCACAGUCAUCACGCUGAUGUACGGAGGCAUUGGGGUGAAACUCUAUUCCUCUGCGGUGUCCAACAGACAGCCACAGUUGGAUAACGCCACGGUCCCAGUCCCAGGUAAGAGGGGUGGCCGGCCAAUAAUAUCACAGAAAAAGAUCAGGGCAAUUAAGACGCUGAUUCUGGUGGCCCUGCUUUUUAUGCUGUCCUGGUUGCCACUCUGGACUCUGAUGAUGAUGACCGACUAUGCAGGCUUGGAUAGGGACCAACUGGACCUUCUGACCAGCUAUAUCUUUCCCUUCGCCCAUUGGCUGGCUUUCUCUAAUUCCAGUGUCAACCCCAUUAUCUAUGGUUACUACAACGAGAACUUCAAGAGGGGCUUUCAGACUGUGUGCAAGUCCAGGCCCUUCUGCCGCCCAGGAGGGUGUUGGCUUUGCAAGAGGAAGACCAGAGAGGCCAAGAAAGGAAGGUCUGCGCAGGUUUCCUGUAGAGGCAGUGGCAUCAGAGAAGGCACCAUCAUUCCCAAUCAUCUUGUUUUGGGAGUGAGAAAUAGAGUCCAUAAUGACAACAACCUGACUGACACUGUUCGUCUAGAGUUGGAGUUGAAAAGGAGUACGAGGGUAGGGUGUGUGGAGAUCCACACAGAGGGAAGCGGUUCAGAGCGGGGUUUGGAAAUAGCUGCUGUGAAUAAGAAAGGGAAGACUGGUGAAGAGGCGGAUAGAGUUUGUUCAAUGGCAGUUUCAGUGUGCCAUGCAUGGGAUAAUUAACGAGCAUUUAAAGCUGCUCCUCUAGAAUUGUACCAAAUAAUGUCAUGGUGUGCUGGCCUGUAGUCACAGGAAAGAGACAAAAUGAUCAAGAAUCAGGUCCAGUGGAUCUGAGGGUCACCACUGUCUGAACAGUGUGGUCACAUUUAAGAACAGAAAGUGGAAAGCCACACAAUCACAGCUUUCAUGUGGGUUAUUAUAUUGCAGAGUGACACAAAUCCACUAUUUAUCAAGGGUGGAAACAACACUAAAAUAUCAGAAGUACGGUGACUGGCUGACAUUUUGAAUAUAGAAAAAUUGCUGGUGUAAAAUCUACUGAAAUCUACUGAGGUCUGAGAUUACUUUAUUUCAGUUAUUGUACAAUAAAUAGAUAAAUUGUUUUAAAAAGUCCACUUUUUCCCCAAGUGGUCUAAUGGAAAUGAGUGGACACGGUGAAAGGGUGAAAGACACACAUUAUCAACAGUAUGACCACUUUAAAGAGAAAGAUAAGUGGCAUUUUACAUUAUAGUGUAUGUUACAGAAGAGACAACCUAAAAAUACAAAGUUACUUCAGUUUCGAGUGAAAUCCAGAUUUUAUGUAGCAGGCCACAGAAAUACAAUUUGAGCUACUUAAUGACCUUAUCUAGCAGCUAAUUAUUAUUAAUAUUAAUUUGAUUUAUUUAUUUGUAAUAUUGAUGCUGGCCAAUAGCCCACAUACUUUUUCUUCUCCAUCACAAUGAAUGAAAUAACCUGUACAAAUAACUUUUGUAAAAUUUCUCAGCAUACUCCUGAACCAGCAGUCAGUGCAUUAACUAGUUCUUAGCAGAAUGAUUUUUUUGGCAGCUAAGGUAAAGAAUGUAUUACGUUCAUUGGCCACUGAGCUGCUAAUAAGCAAACCAAUAUUAUAUUCUUUACCCUGUGUUUGCUGUCAAAACUAUAUUCCAUAUUUGUAGUUAUUUAUUUAUUUAUUUGUUUGUUUGUUUGUUUGUUUUUCUUGAACCAUAUAGUACUCCCAUUUGUUAAUUGUAAUUCAUGUAAAUCAUGUACUUGAUUGUUUCUUGCAUUCAGUCCUUUUAGAGCCCUGAUCUCCAUCAGCCAGUGUACUCCUCUGGCUCUAAAUGCUGCUGUGUUGGUGGUUCUUCACAGCCUGCAGAGGUGGCAGCCACAGUUUAUACAGCUGCAUGUUGGCAGAUACAAGCCCAUAAAAACUUUGACUGGUCCCCUCGGCUCUUCUGUGUUUCUGAGCCACAUUUCUGUCACUUUCCAUAUUAUGAAUUCUAGAUACAACUAAACAUUACUAUUAUUUAUGCAAUGACUUAAAUUUAUGCAAUGUCUAAAAAGUAGAAGGUAAUUUACUUGAAAUUGAUCUCAAAACAAGAGUAUGAAUUAGUUUCUUUGAUUAAUGUGAUAAUAAUAAUAUUAAUGAUAAUAAUAAUAAUAAUAAUAAUAAUAAUAAUAGUAAUAAUAAUAUAAAGUGCAUAAUGUAGAAAAAAAACAUGAAUUACAUCAAUUUUGGGGACAUGUUGGGACAUGUAGUUUCUGGAGAGACCAUCAUGAUCUGUUUGCCAACUGGCCAAUUUCUGUGCUCAUGCAGAGUUCUGGAAAUAUGUAUGCUGUAAUGAAUGUCAUUUCACAUCUAGUUAAACAUAAUAACUGGGUUAGGGUUAGGGUUAAAACAUACUGUGCAAAGAAUUUAUUUCCACCCUUGGUAUUUAUUAACAUGGAUAACUAUCAUACAACAUUAGAAACCAAAGAACCAGAAGUGUAGUGUGUGAUGCAGAUGACAACUGG